AUGGAGCACUCACAGGCCUCCAUCAUUCGUGCAGCCACUGCCGCCCAGUGUGAGUGCGUGCUGCGCCCCCGCCGGACACCCCCGCCUCAGGCCGCCCGGCUCUCGGAGGCCCCCGCCGGACACCCCCGCCUCAGGCCGCCCGGCUCUCGGCCACAGAGGACGAGGCCCCCGCCGGACACCCCCGCCUCAGGCCGCCCGGCUCUCGGCCACAGAGGACGAGGCCCCCGCCGGACACCCCCGCCUCAGAGCGGCCGCCCGGCUCUCGGCCACAGAGGACGAGGCCCCCGCCGGACACCCCCGCCUCAGGCCGCCCGGCUCUCGGCCACAGAGGACGAGGCCCCCGCCGGACACCCCCGCCUCAGGCCGCCCGGCUCUCGGCCACAGAGGACGAGGCCCCCGCCGGACACCCCCGCCUCAGGCCGCCCGGCUCUCGGCCACAGAGGACGAGGCCCCCGCCGGACACCCCCGCCUCAGGCCGCCCGGCUCUCGGCCACAGAGGACGAGGCCCCCGCCGGACACCCCCGCCUCAGAGCGGCCGCCCGGCUCUCGGCCACAGAGGACGAGGCCCCCGCCGGACACCCCCGCCUCAGGCCGCCCGGCUCUCGGCCACAGAGGACGAGGCCCCCGCCGGACACCCCCGCCUCAGGCCGCCCGGCUCUCGGCCACAGAGGACGAGGCCCCCGCCGGACACCCCCGCCUCAGGCCGCCCGGCUCUCGGCCACAGAGGACGAGGCCCCCGCCGGCGUCGUCGGACGCUGCGCACCCCGACCCGACGCACACCCAGGCUUCUCGGCCCGGGUGGGCGCUGGGCUGGGGGCAGGGGCGUGA